AUGGGCACAGCCCCUGCCUUGCUGCCGACUACUCAGACCAUCACAAACUCCGGUCCAGGAUAUAGGUUGACGGCGGACUUCCAGGCACGUUGGCAUGUUUUUCAGCCACAAUCUGCGGAGACCUGUUCAUAGAGAGAUAUGUUUAUGUGCUUCUUACUGCUGCUUUCACUAAUUAAUCUGUAAUGCAGCUAACACCAGUGAGUUUAGUUUUGGGGGCAACUCUUAUACCAUUUUUACUAUAGCACACUGACCCUAUGUUGAUAACUCUUUUUCUUUAAUGGUAUGCACAGCUCUUCAUUAAGCUUGCUUGACAUAACCUUACACAAGAGCAUGUCACUAAUUUCUUAAGCACAAUAGCAUCUCAUACUACGACCACUCAUAUAGUCAGUUUGUGUAACUUGUACCUAAAAAUAUUUUUGAUCUCUCACCACUGACAUACCUAUAAUGCAUAUUACAUUGUUGUGUACCUUACCUGAAUCUAGUAACUAAAAAAAAUUGUGCCAUUAGCUUAUGCCAUGACACGGUUUACUCUGUAUUUUCUCAUUAGCUUGAACCUGCUACUGUGGCAACUCAAGCUUAUUUGUAACUCUAAGCACUGUACAAAUAAAGAUUGACAAUAUUGUUAAUCUUACUCUGCUGGCCACAUCUGGUUAACCUAUAACCUUAUUUAUUACUGGUAUUUAUAAAGUGUCAGAUUCCGCAGUUCCAUUUAUAACUUUUCAUCCAUACAUACUGUUACAGGUGAAGCUCCUUCCUUCCCACAUUCUUUGGCUUCAGACACAAACUUAGAAAGGCAGCAAUGCAAAGAAGGUGAGUGUUACAUGCCACUGUAUCUUGGGUCUGUGUAAAUGUAUCAACACAUUCAGAAUGGAGGAGGGGAAAGAAGAUAAAACCAAGUUACACCUACAGAAUUGUCAGGCAUUCAAAGUAUUUUUCAAAUUUAAGGCCAAAGUAAUCAAAUUCAAAGCAUAGCUGACUUGUAGAAUUUUUCUAAUUUGUCCUUAAAUUUAAAAUAAUGACAUAUCGCUAGUUCUCACUUUGGCGAAUAACCUUGCUAAUAUCCGUAACACACUAACUUUGUAUUGCAGGUCAAAUUCUUAAUGUUUCUGGCUCACAAAAAUCUUCAGAUGCAUCACUGAGCUCAAGGUAAGACAUUUUCCAUCUACAUAUUUUUAUUGAAUGGUGGUGAUAUGUUCUCAGACAUAAUUUUCUUCCAGGAUCAGCCUUGGUAAAAGAAGGAUCCGUAGCAUAUCUGGAAAAUUACCUCCUCUGAAGCCACCAUGUAUUAGUGGAGACAAGGAGAGUUGCUCAGAUCAUGGUAUCCAAGACUACCUCCCUUUGGUGAGAGAUGUAUUCAUUCAUGUGCUAUAGACUACUUUGUUCUACAUAUUAUUCUUUGUUAUGCCCCCAACCUUUAUUUUCUCCUCAGAUAAGUUUGCAAUACCCAGAAGGAUAUUUCACGCUAAACAAUAGCUUUUCCAGUAUGGUUCAGAUAUCUCUCCAGCGACUCCUUCGUGCCUCACCCUACAGCUGUCAUCGUGGUAGCCUAAGUCCAGUGUCUGAGCCAUUGCCCCAGGACCAAUCAGAAGUUUUUAGAGGUGGAGCACAGACUUACAAAAGGGGUUCCCAACCACAAGUUCCAGUUACCCAAGACUCCCCUUUCCUUCCUAUACUUACAACAUCAUGUCCCGAAGCGCUGUGUCAUCAGGCAGAUAGUGGACGUGGGUCAGAGACUGACCCAUGUGACACUUCCCCAUGUCCUUCUGAAGCUGGCACUGAGCAGGAUAUGGAUCUAGAAGGAUGUUCUUGGGCCACGGCUGUUGCUCUUGCAUGGCUAGAGCAUCGCUGUGCUGGCUUUUUUACAGAAUGGGAGCUAUUGGCAGCACGGGCAGAGGGAUGGCUUCGGGCACAAACUCUGCCUGAAGGGCUACAGUUGCCUGUUCUUAAAGGAGCUGCUCGUCAUCUCUUCUUGUUGCUUCGUCACUGGGAUGAAAACCUCAACCUCAACAUGCUUUGCUAUAAGCCAGGCGAUGUCUGA